AACGUAUUGUAACCUUCUCUCAGUCCAACGUGGUUCCUUCACCCAAGCUGCUGGUCCUUUCCCUUCUACACUUGUUUGAUUUAUGAGGAAUCAAAGAUGAACUUGGAGCAGGAGAGGCCUUUUGUCUGCAGUGCCCCAGGCUGCUCACAGCGUUUUCCAACAGAGGAUCAUCUGAUGAUUCACAGGCACAAACACGAAAUGACUUUGAAGUUUCCUUCAAUAAAAACGGAUAAUAUGUUAUCAGACCAGACUCCUACACCAACCCGAUUCCUGAAGAACUGUGAGGAAGUGGGCCUCUUCAAUGAUAUUGACUGUUCCUUAGAACACGAGUUUAGAAAGGCACAAGAAGAAGAGAACAAUAAAAGGAAUAUCUCGAUGCAUAACACAGUCGGAGGAGCAAUGGCAGGACCCGGAACCCACCAGCUCACGAAUACUAGGAUGCCAAACCAUGACACCAGCGUUGUGAUUCAACAAGCCAUGCCAUCUCCACAGUCCAGCUCGGUCAUAACACAAGCACCUUCCACAAACCGACAGAUCGGGCCUGUCCCAGGUUCUCUGUCUUCACUACUACACCUACACAACCGGCAAAGACAGCCCAUGCCUGCCUCUAUGCCUGGCACCCUGCCCAAUCCUACCAUGCCUGGAUCUUCUGCAGUACUAAUGCCAAUGGAGCGACAAAUGUCGAUGAACUCCAGUAUCAUGGGGAUGCAAGGCCCAAAUCUCAAUAACCCGUGUGCGUCACCCCAAGUCCCUCCAAUGCAUUCAGAAGCCAAAAUGAGGUUGAAAGCCGCAUUGACUCAUCAUCCUGCAGCCAUGUCAAAUGGAAAUAUGAACACCAUGGGCCAUAUGAUGGAAAUGAUGAGCUCCCGACAGGACCAGACACCACAUCAUCAUAUGCACUCACAUCCACAUCAGCACCAGACACUGCCACCUCAUCACCCAUACCCGCAUCAGCACCAGCAUCCAGCACACCACCCUCAUCCUCAACCCCAUCACCAGCAGAACCAUCCACACCAUCACUCCCACUCGCACCUUCACACACACACGGCACAUCACCAGACUUCUCCGCAUCCGCCACUGCACUCAGGUGGACAAGCACAGGUUUCACCAGCAGCACAGCAGAUGCAGCCCACUCAGACAAUACAGCCGCCUCAGCCCACUGGGGGUCGCCGGAGGAGGGUGGUGGAUGAAGACCCAGACGAGAGGCGGCGGAAAUUUCUGGAAAGGAAUCGAGCAGCUGCCACACGCUGCAGACAGAAGAGGAAGGUCUGGGUGAUGUCACUGGAAAAGAAAGCAGAAGAACUCACCCAGACAAAUAUGCAGCUUCAGAAUGAGGUUUCCAUGUUGAAAAAUGAGGUAGCACAGCUGAAACAGUUAUUGUUAACACAUAAAGACUGUCCAAUAACAGCCAUGCAGAAAGAGUCGCAAGGAUAUAUAAGUCCUGAGAGUAGUCCUCCUGCAAGCCCCGUCCCAGCUUGCUCACAACAGCAAGUCAUCCAGCAUAAUACCAUUACAACUUCCUCUUCCGUCAGCGAUGUCGUAGGAAGCUCCACCCUCAGUCAGCUUGCCAGUCAUAGAACAGACAUGAACCCAAUUAUUUAAAACGGAUUGGUCAGAAACUGCUAUGGGAGAGUGGUAGCGUAAUCGAAUGUCCUUUGUGUUAAGGAUAUUUUCAACACUAACUCAGCCUGGAAGACUCCUCAGUCCUUGGAAGACUCUGGCUUUCAUUUUUAUAGUUAUUAAAGUAUGCCUUUUAUACUUAGUUACAAAAAGGGAGUUAUGCAAUUAAUAUGCUAUCAGCUUGGGAAAUGCUUUGGUGCUUUCUCCAAUUUUUUGGUACCAGUUACUUGUUUAUAAACGGAAAUGUUUCUGUACAUAGUUGUGUUUCCUUCUUACCAGUCUAGCCCAAGGCCUCAAAAUCAUGGAGUUUUGUUAAACGGCAGCUUCUUAGCCAAAGUCAUACAUAAGUAACUAGGAAUAAUUAGGCUAUAUAGAUAUUCAGGGAGUCUGGUGAUAGCACAUGAGAAAGCGAGUUAGCUUUGCAAUAUCAUCAGAACCCCACUAUAUAUUCAAAACCUCUUUCAGAGAAAAGAAGGGUUUUAUAAUACAUGGAUAUCAGAACAAAUUCAAACCCAGGUAAUAUGCCCUCUUGUCUUGCUUUCCUCUUUCAUUUCCCUAUUGUCCCUCUUCUACUUAAGUUCUCUCUUUUCUCCUUCAAUUGUCCGUGCAUCUUCCCUCCCUAAACUCUGUGGCUCUUUCUCCU